GACGACGAACCAGAAGAGCGCGCAGACCAACAAGUGAACGGAUUAUGGGAGCAGUUCAAGCACGACCUGCUCCUUAAAGCGCCCAAUCCGGUUGACACAGUCCUCGCCAGCUAUCUUACCGUGACGCACCUCGAGGUCGCCAACACGCCGGACGGACUAUUUCAGUCGCCGGCCCUGCCGUUGCGGAGGGCCCGGCUAAUGGUGGUGACGCCCACUAUUUGGAGUGGCCAGAUGUUUGACCGCUUCUUUCCGUUGCUCGGGACCGUCAUCACGCACCCCGUACAGAACUACACCAACUGCGUAUACUGGGGCCUCUACGGCGGGAUGAUGCGGGAGUACAACUCGCAUGACCAGGUGAGAAUCCGGAACGCGCUCCGCACGUUGUUCGAGACGCUGCUCUGGCUGCCUUUUCCGGAAUCCGAGAGGAUGUGGAGCACGAGG